AUGACAUCAUUGCCCUACACAAUCUUACUUCUCUGUAUUGUAUUAUCAGCAAUCCCAGUAGACGGUCUUAUCUGCAGGCGUUCGUCUAAACGUGCGGUUUGUUACACUCGUUCAAAGAAAAUAUCUUACACUGGAAGUUUAUCAAACUGUGUAAAAGUGUGCAAGACCAAGAAAGUUCGAGCCACUACCACUCCUUCAUCAUUGGAUUGCAGCAGUUACAUCGUGUUUUAUAAUUGGCAGUGCAAAGAUGCCGAUGAGAACAAUCUAUAUUGCAAGGAGAUAAAAGCAAAAAUGGAUUUCUGCCUUAAAUUAAUGGAAAAGAGAAGAAGAAAAAGAACAUCACCGGCACCAAACACAACAACAAAAGCUCCAGAAAGACCUCGACGUCCUCCAAAGGAUUGCCUGCCGCUAUUUCCCUUUCGAUUCACGUGUCGGAAUCAGUCAAGAAUGUCUCGAACUAGCUAUUGCGAAAAAAUCUCUGGUAUGCUAGAAAGGUGCUUCGGCAAGGCGUAA